AUGGCUCACCUUGCUGCUCACUUUGAGCCGCCCGAGGCGCGCCGGCCAUCUUCGUCCUCCUCGCCCGCGCCGCACCCUUACAUGGUCGAGGCCACGAAUCGUGCCUCUUCAUCUCGCUCCGCUCAGCAAAAGCAAAAGCAGACCAUCUCGCAGAUGUCGGACUCGGGGACCCUCACACGCAGCACCCAUUGUGCCAAUCAUCUUCUCGAUGAUUUUGGUUCAUUGAACAAUCCUCGCGCCGCGUCGGGAAUGGAUGCGGACACUCAAGCGGAGGAGGAGGACGAUGCCUCGACAGCGAGCGGGAAGCGCCACGGUGCGCUUCUUGUGGAAGAGGUCAACGAGUGGAUGCUCCAGCACUCUUUCUUCCACUGGGGUCUCAAACGACACAUCACCCACGGCAACCCCAAACCUAGAGACGAGAGGGACCUUCCGGACUGGCGAAUGCGCGAGCGACUACGAACCGUCACAGCUGCGCUCGUCAUGUGUCUCAACAUCGGCGUCGACCCUCCUGAUGUCUCCAAGACCAAUCCAUGCUCCAAGCUCAUCUGCUGGAUGGACCCAAGCUCGCUCGAAGUAUCAAAAGCACUGCCAGCCAUCGGUCGCAACCUGCAAGCGCAGUUCGAGACGCUCAGCACCAAGACACGUUACAAGCAGUACCUCGAUCCCAUCGUCGAAGAGACACGGCGCUUCUGCACCACUUUGCGAAGGGCAGCCAAGGACGAACGCGUGCUGUUCUACUACAACGGCUACGGUGUGCCCAAGCCGACUCCAGGAGGCGAAAUCUGGGUCUUCAACAAGGCGUACACGCAGUACAUUCCCGUCACACUAUACGACCUCCUCACAUGGCUCGGAAGCCCAUGCAUCUUCGUCUGGGAUGCCAGUGCUGCUGGCAAUGUCGUCGUCAACUUUAAACGUCUUCAAGAGAGAAAGGCAGAAGAGGAGGCCACACGCUCGCAACGGGACAGAGAUGGCCACACGCGUUCCAACGACCGCGACCGUUCCAAGACAAAUGCCGAGGCAUCAUCAUCUGCCAAGAAGGCCGGCACGGAUCCCGCAUUUACGGAAGAACCGCACUUCCCACUACGCGAAUCCAUCCACCUUGCCGCUUGCGGUCCUGACGAGGUGCUACCGAUGAACCCAGAUCUGCCAGCUGAUCUGUUCACCUGCUGUCUCACCUCUCCGAUCGAGAUCUCCCUCCGCUGGUUCGUGCUUCAGAAUCCCCUGCCUUCCAAACUCAACGUCGACAUGGUCAUGAACAUCCCCGGUCGAUUGCAGGAUAGACGGACACCGCUCGGUGAACUCAACUGGAUCUUCACCGCCAUCACCGACACCAUCGCAUGGACUGUUCUGCCGCGCACCAUCUUCCGUCGUCUCUUCCGUGACGAUCUCAUGGUAGCCGCGCUGCUCCGAAACUUCCUCCUCGCGGAACGAAUCAUGCGCUUCUACCACUGCACACCGAUGAGCCAUCCCAAGCUCCCGCCGACACACAAUCAUCCGCUCUGGGACAGCUGGGACUUGGCCGUCGACCAGUGCCUUGCUCAGCUUCCGGCGUUGCUUGCCAAAGAGCGAGCGCAGGCCGAAGCGGCCGAGGGUGGGCCACCCGUGCCGCCUCAUCUGGCGUCAUUUGAGUAUCGUCACAGCACGUUCUUCAGCGAACAGCUCAAGGCAUUCGAGGUGUGGCUCCAGCAGGGAGGUGUCAGCCGGAAGGGCAGGAGACGCCGCGUCAACGCCGCCAUCACGCCACAUGGCAACCCAUCAGCGGGUUUAUCGUCCGCAGCAACAGGUGCGGACCCAGAAGCCUUCGAUGACGACGGAGACGUGAGCCCAGUACGCGAGCCCCCUGACCAAUUGCCCAUCGUUCUGCAGGUGCUGCUAUCGCAGGCGCAUCGUCUGCGCGCUCUCAUCUUGCUCAGCCAAUUCCUCGACCUCGGCCCGUGGGCAGUCAACAUGGCGCUCAGCAUCGGCAUCUUCCCCUACGUGCUCAAGCUUCUGCAGAGCCCUGCCGCCGAUCUCAAGCCCGUGCUUAUCUACAUCUGGGCGCGCAUCUUGGCAGUCGAUCGCAGCUGUCAGAACGACCUGCUGCGGGACAAUGGCUUCAUCUACUUUGCCGGUGUGCUCAGUCCUUUCCAGAACAACAAUGUCGGCCAGAACGCCGGCGGUGGCGGUCCGUCCAUCCCCAUUCCCAACGUCUCGGAGCAUCAAGCCAUGUGCGCUUUCAUUCUGGCCGUCUUCUGCCAGGACUUCCCAGCAGGGCAAGCAGCAUGCUUGGAGACGGACGUGAUGCACUCGUGUCUGGAGCAUCUCGAGGACGACGAUUUCCUUCUGCGGCAGUGGAGCGCACUCUGUCUGGCGCAGCUGUGGGACGAUAACGAGGCCGGCAAGGCGCGAGCCAUCUCGCUCGAUGCGCACGGCAAGCUGUGUUGCAUGCUCGGGGACGUCUCGCCCGAGGUCCGAGCUGCGGUUUUGCACGCGCUCGGCACACUGCUCGGUGCGAGCGGUUCUAGCCAGGACCAGGUCGACAUUGUCUCGUACACGAGGGGCGAGCCAGUCCCUGUCCCCAACAGCAACCGACCCGCCUCGCCAAGACGCUUCUGCCCCGGCACUGGCGCUGCCACCGGUCUUCCACCAGCCAAGCAACGGGGGCUCGAGAUUGGCAUCGCCACUGCUUUGCUGACGACCAAGGGGGAUUGCAGUCCGCUAGUUCGCAAGGAGCUCGUCAUUGCACUCAGCCCAGUCGUGGCGGAGUACAAGGGCUUCUUCGUUCUCGCUGCUUAUCUCUACUAUCUGAGGGAAUCCAGCUUGCAGAAUCCUCCAUCGCAACAGGAUGCAAAAGCGUCGAACUCACGCACAAAAGCAGGGCUGGCAUCGGGCAGCGACACUCGACGCGGCUCGCUGGCCUCCCUGGGCCGAGGCUCGUCAAGCAAGAGCGUUUCCGGACGAUCUGCAGGCGCACUCGCAAACGAGGAGGCGCUUCUUGCUCGUCUCGCAUCCAAGCUCCUGAUCGAGCAAGAGAUCGAAGAAGAGGAUAUCGCCAGCAUCCCCGCGUUUAUGACCAUCUUUGUGGCGCUCCUGGAUCUCAGCGUCGACUCAAAUCCCGAGGUGGCCAACCUAGCAUGCACGGUGGUCGACUUCGUCAUUGCUCUGCUGCUCGAAAGCAACGUCUCCAGCGCUGGUGAGAGCGUCUUGAGAGGCUUUGGAGGGGCUGAGGUCAUUUCUCGAUUCACGACACCGACCAGCACCGAUGCCGCGCUUGAGGGGUAUUUCCCACUGACACCCCGAUCUACUGGGACUACACCCGGCUCCAUCGAUGAGAUGUCGACGUCGCAGAUUGCUGCACUCAAUGGUGCUCAUGUCCCGCCUUCUGGCUUUGGCACGGGUGGUUCAGGACCGGCUCGACCAGGACAGAUGGUGCGGGCGCAGUCGCAAGCAGCUCCCAAGCGCUCAUCGACGCUCGCCCAGGCAGUUAAGACGUUUGCUACGCUCGGCUAUUCGCGACCCGCAUCGCCUGUUGGAUCGGACCACGACAGCAUGGGUCGGCCUUUGUACGGAGAAGCAGGACCAUCGGGCAUCCCACCACCAGGACCAGCAGUUCUAGCACCACGUCGAAGCCCAGGCACAAAAGCAGCCGCGGCUCAGUACAAUUCCCCCUACCUCAUCAAGGGUGGAGCAGGUGGGGCUACGACUCCUUCAUUGGAGGCGCCUUCCGCGGCAUCGAUGCCCUCUUCGCCGCUCAACUCGACAUCGAAGCUCGGCAACCGCUCGCAGAGCGCCGAAAGCCUGUCGUACAUCAACGGAAGAGCCGAUCGCAAAAAGACCGCGAGUUCCUCCAGUGGCAUCUCACAAUUGCAGCAGUCUGCGAACGGCAACGGCAAUGCGCACGACAGCAGCGCCGAGCACCACAACGGGAGUUCCCUUGAUCAGCAGCGCUUCUACGGGGAUGAGCUGGACACCGACCCGCAUGUCGCGGUCGAGGACCAUGUCAAGGUCGGAGAUGCACUGGCCGGUCUCAUCGCUAUGGACAUGUACCGCUUCCGGUCGCGCUUCACCGGGAGCGCGGAUGGCUCUACGCAGAACACGCCCGCAUCGUCACCCGCAGUGACUCGAGCCAGUCGAUGGGGCUUUGUCCCCACUCCCGGCAGCAGUGGUCUCAGCACGCCAUCUGGCUCCGUUGGCUCGAAUGGCGCUGGCAACGAGCUUCGCGAGACACUCCCGCUCAAGAGCCGCCUCUUUGCGUGGUGCAGCGAGUACUACAUCGAGCCGCAGAUGAAGCAGGCGGAGAGCGAGGAGCCGGGCAGCAUCAAGUACAAUGUGCAACACUGGAAGAAGCAGCGCAACAGCCGGCUCACCGAGCACUCGCUCGAGAUCGCCGACGCCGCUGCGCAAUCCGCCUGGACCGAGCACGGCGGCUACAUUCGCAACGGCGCAGUGCCGCACCUGAUGCUGUUCCACCAGUACGAGAACCAUCUUGUGACGGCGAGCGAUCAGGACACGGUAGCUGUAUGGGACUGGGAAGAGAAGCGGCUGCUCAGUCGGUUCGCCAAUGGCAAUCCGGCGAGGACCAACAUCACUUCCGCGCUGUUCAUCAACGAGGACAGCGACGCGAUGCUGCUGGUCGGUUCGGCAGAGGGCAACGUGCGCAUCUACCGCCACUACGACUCGCCUGCGCAUACAGCCGGCUUCCGCGGUCCCGAGCUCGCAUCGAGUUUCCAGGCGCUUCCGGACUUGGUGCGGAGCAAGCGACCGAGUGGACUUGUGGUCGACUGGCUGCAAGGAUCGGGCCACCUGCUCGCGGGAGGUGACAGCCGCGUGAUUCGAGUCUGGGACGCACACCGCGAGCUGUGCGUCGUCGACAUCCCUACGCGCGCCUCGAGCUGCGUCACCUCGAUCUCGUCCGAGUCGGAUUUCGGGCACCUCUUCGUCGCGGGCUUUGGCGACGGUACCGUCGGUGUGUACGACCGCCGCAAUCCACCGGAGGCCAGCCUCGUCCGGCUGUGGGAAGAGCACCAGACAUGGGUGCAGAACGUGCACCUCCAAAAGCGCGGGUCGCGCGAACUCGUCACCGCGUCCGUCGAUGGCGAGGUGCGACUGUGGGACAUGCGCGUUCGCUCGUCCAUCGCCCGCUUGAGUCUAGGUUCCAAGUUGGGCGGCAAGAUGUCGUGCAUGGCGGUUCACGAGCGCAUUCCCUUGUUUGCUGUCAGUUCGGCACCGAAGCCGCUUCGUCCUAGUGCGUCACCUCAGACAGUGCUGCUGACGCACCUCGAGACGCUUUCGACGCUGGGCAAGCCCAUUGUGCGCAACUUUGCACCCAUGGGUUCCACCCAGCAUCUGGGACAUAGCACGCUGCUGUAUCCGCCGGAAGCGGUCAACGCCGGCGCGGCGCAUCAUCAUCAUUUGCAUCAUCUGCACCAUCCGGGUGAGACGCACCACGGCGUUGGCAGCGGCUUCCAGGCGAUGCCGGGGAGCAAUGGCGGUGCGGGGGGGAGUGGGAUGUUGAACCCGACGAAUCCGUUGCAUACGUUGUUGCCACCCGCGACGGAGAUUCAGCCAAGUAGUUUUAGCCCCGCAGUGGGGAGCAUGGCGUUCCACCCGCACCUGCCCAUUUUGGCGUUUGGAGGACCGGAUAGCAUGAUCGAGCUGCGCGAAUGGCCAGAGACGAGCUGA